AUGAUAAGGGGAUGUCUUACCGGAAUCUACGAAAAUGACGUCGCAGGAGCCGUCGGCACGCUCACCCUUGACGGCGGCGACGUUAAACUCCAAGCUUCUAUCACCGAUGCCACCUUAGCCACUGGUCCCUCCUUAAACGGCCUUUCCCUCUCCGUUAUCAAGCCCGCUUCUUUUGUCAUCGACUACAAUCUACCCAAAAAGGAUGUGAAGUUUCAAUUUAUGAACUCGGUGAGGGUAAUGGAGAGGCCUUUGCAUAUGACGUAUACCCACUGGAAGAAUGAGAAUCGGACUGCUUUGGAUGGGACUCUGAUGAUUGACCAGGCUCAUAAGGUUUCCGCUAAUUAUGUUUUGGAUUCCGGGAAUUGUAAGCUGAGGUACAGUUAUAAUCCUGAUGGGUUGACCACCGUGGAGCCUAGCUAUGAUUUUGGCAGCAAUGCUUGGGAUCUUAGUGUUACUAGGAUGGUGCAUGCCAAUGACGUGGUCAGUGCUUCUUAUCAGAGCUCUAGCAAGGUUUUGGGAUUCGAUUGGAGGAGGAUUACCAGCUCAAAUGGGAGUUUCAAGGUAUCUGCAACCAUGAACUUGGACGAGCCAUCAAAGAUUCCAACUCUUACUGCUGAAAGUACGCUGAAUUUUUGA